UAGACCGCAGAUCCCCCGGUUGCGGUUGUCUUCUUCGGUUUGUGUAUUCCGUAUGAUAUCUCAACGGUGGAUAGUUUCGCAGCUUGGAGAGCGUCCUGGACACUCAUAGGAACGGGAACCAACAAACAGAAGCAACACUUCCAACCAUCUGUUCUAGCUACAGCCAGACGUCAUGGAUUAUGUGUGACUCACUAGGAUGAACUGACUGUUGAACUGAACUGAGCUGGCCCUGGUUAACAUUUGACUUCCUCAGACGAGGAGUGAGUCCCUGUCCCCAACCCUACCUUGGUUCCGCUGCCUGAAGUACACCUACAGCCCUGGGACAUGGCCAAUCCACACCUGGCUAACCUGGCCUUUGCCUGGGAGAAGUACAUGGACUGUCGAGUACAAGGAUCAGAGCUACAGGUCAGUCUUCAGUGCCUGGAGAGUUUCCUGUGUCUGUUCCACUGUGUCCGCCACCUCCACAGCAGCCAUGGCAACAAGGAUCCUCUGAAGUUCUGUUCUGAUAUGAGUGGGGCCAGUAACACUCUGGCUAGGGAGUUCCUGACCGAUGUUCACCAGCUGUGCAGCGCCGUGGCUCAGAGGGCGGAGUCACGGGGAGAGGAGGAUGAGGAGGAGAGUCACAUGGUGGCCCUGGGCGAAUACUUGGUCAGGGGGAGGGGCUUCCUGCUGCUCAGCGCCCUGGACUCCAUCAUUGACCAGGAGCUGACCUGUAGAGAGGAGCUGCUAACCCUGCUGCUGUCGCUACUGCCACUGGUUUGGAAGAUACCUGUUCAGGAGGAGAAAGCACCAGAUUUCACCCUGCCAUCUCUGCUGGAAGUGUUCCUGAGCCGGGAGGUGAAGGCCGUCCCCCUGAGGGCGGGGAAAGUCCAGAAGACCGGUGCAUUGCACUCUGGGAAGCGGUCACGCGGUGGCGGCAGCAGUAGCUCCACCUGGAAGGUCCUGCGCCGCUCACGCCAGACCGCUCAGCGCUACUCCAUAAGGGAUGCUCGCCGCUCCCAGCUCUCCACCUCUGACUCAGACGCCAACUCUGACAUCAAGGCCGUCAGUGGUGGCGCAGGUGGAGUGCGUAGUCGGCGUUCUCGCGGUUCUACUACGAUCCGUGUGAGCUGCCAGCAUCACCGUUCGGAGGAUCCCUUGUUGCCCUCGCCCCCUGUCCCCCCUCCCGAAACCACCAUGGCCUCGCCUUUCCCCCUCUACCCACAACCCCGGACCACCGCGGACACAGAGACCCUGACUGACCCAGCUGCCAUGUCCAUAUUCAACCGGAUGGAGAACUCUCCCUUCGACCUCUGUCAUGUUCUGCUCUCGCUCCUGGAGAAGGUGUGUAAGUUUGACAUGAGCAUCAACCACAACCCGGGUCUGGCUGUCAGUGUGGUGCCUAGCCUCACUGAGAUCCUCACCGAGUUUGGAGACUGCUGUGGUCCGGGGGGAGGAGUGGGAGGAGAGGGGGCGGAGGAGCUGGCUGGAGGCUGGACAGAGGAACCCAUCGCUCUGGUCCAGAGGAUGCUGCUGAGGACCAUCCUCCACCUGAUGUCAGUAGACGUGGGUCAGAGUGAGGCUCUACCAGACAGCCUGAGACGCAGCCUGACUGACCUGCUCAGAGCCACGCUGAAGAUCAGGUCCUGCCUGGAGAGACAGGCAGACCCAUUCGCUCCCAGACCCAAGAAGACCCUGCAGGAGGUGCAGGACGAGUUCUCUUUCUCCCGCUGGAGACACCGUUCCCUGCUGUUACCUGAGCUGCUGGAGGGGGUACUGCAGGUGCUGCUGGGGUGUCUCCAGGCCUCGGCCCCCAACCCCUUCUUCUUCAGCCAGGCUCUAGAGCGGCUCCAUGAGUUCAUCCAGCAUCGCGGCCUGGAACUGUUUGAGGCCACCGUUCUGAGGCUAGAGAGGCUGGGCCGCGCCCCCGACUCUGAGGUGGGGGGUGAGGCAGCAGACCGGCUGAGAGGACUGAUCUCCGGCGUCCUGAAGAUCGUCAGCGCCGUGAAGACCGCUAAGUCAGAGCAGCUGCACCAGUCCGUCUGUGCCCGCCGUCGUCACCGCCGCUGUGAAUACUCCCACUUCCUGCAUCAUCACCGCGACCUCUCCGGACUCCCCGUCUCCGCUUUCAAACAGGCCGCCCGCCGCAACCCCUUCGAAGAGACAGAGUCCGAGGGGAAGGAGGGAGUGGAUGACGUGGUGCGUUACCCAGAGAGGUGCUGCUGCCUGGCAGCCUGUGCCCACCAGUGUCUCCGUCUGCUCCAGCGCCUGUCCUCAAGCGGCCCAGCGGUGCUCCAGGUCCUAGCUGGGGUCCAGGCUGUGGGGAUCUGCUGCUGCAUGGACCCUCGGUCUGUAGUCGGUCCUCUCCUCAACGCCUUCCAGGCUCCAGGCCUCCGCUCCUACCAGUCCCACAUACUCUCUGUUCUCUCCCGGCUGAUCCUGGAUCAGUUAGGAGGCGGCCAGCCCUCUGAGAAGGCUAAGCUAGCCUCCUGUAACAUAUGUACUCUGGACAGCAGUCAGCUGCCGGGCCUGGAGGAGACGCUCCAGCAGGGGGAGGUCAGGGUGUCGUCCCCCAGUUUGAGCUACCGUUCCCAGGGUAUCCUCCCCAGCGGAGGGGGGGCAGAGGAUAUACUGUGGAAGUGGGAUGCGCUGGAGGCGUACCAGGGGCUGGUGUUCGGGGAGGACCAGGCACUCAGCCAACAGGUCGCGGGACACGUGUGUCACCUGACGUUGAGAGGGAACGCUGUGGUCCAAUGGCAGCUCUACACGCACAUCUUCAACCCCGUACUGCAGAGGGGGGUGGAGCUUGUGCACCACGCCCAACAACUGGGUGUCUCUACAGUGUGUAGCCAGGUGUGCUCCGACCACACCCAGUGUCUACCUGUAGAAGUGCUGCUGGUUUACCUGCAGACAUUACCCACCCUGCUCAAGUCCAGGGUGAUCAGGGACCUGUUCCUGUCCUGUAACGGUCUGAACCAGGUGACGGAGCUCAUCUACCUGGACCAGACUCGGGCCUGGGCCCUCAAGGUGUUUGAGACGUUAAUACUUGGAGUUGGAGUGGAGCACCAGGACCAGGUCCCAGACCAGGAGCACGCCGAGGCCCAGGAGAGAGGGACCAUGCUGGGCCUGGCUGAGGAGCUGGGAUCCCGUGCGGCUGGAAGUACCGGAGGUCCCAUAGGAGAAGGGGGCCCACAGAGCCUUUCCAAGUUCUACGAGUGUCUAAAAGAGGCAUGCCCAAGGAGGUGGACACAGAGUGGUCCAGGGGCUGUAAGUGGGAGGGGCCAGGGAGAGACCCAUCUGAACACCAUCAACCUCUUCCUGUGUGUGGCGUUCCUCUGCGUCAGCAAGGAGGCCGACUCGGACCGUGACUCGGUAAACGACUCGGAGGAUACGUCGGGGUACGACAGUACGGCUUCAGAGCCUCUGGGAGGGAGACUCCCCUGCCUGUCACCUGACAGCGUGGCCCUGCCCUCCAAGGAUCAGGUGCGGCGUGCGGCGGACGUGUGGUCGGUGUGUCGCUGGAUCUACCUGGCGAGUCCCGUGUUCCAGAGACAGUUCUACCGGCUCGGGGGACUAGACGUCUGUUCCCGCCUCAUGACCAUGGUCAUCCAAAAUCUCACCUCUAAGACCAAGGAUGGCAAGAAGAAGAGAGAUGGGAAGGCUAGCCCUGACUCCCCUGCCCCAUCACCAACCUCUACGCCAACCCCAGUUGUGCCAGGUUGCACCACCCUGGGAGUGGAGGAUCCAGGGAAGGACCCAGCUGGAGCUGUGAGCCCAGACCAGGGUGGGCAGGGGCAGGGGAAGGGGACCCAGAAGGAUCCUUCCAGGAGGCUGGAUGAAGGGUGGCCUCUACAGAGCAUCAGAAUGCUGGAGGCCCUGCUAGCUAUCUGCCUGCACAGCGCUAACUCAGGCCUGCAGAGGAUCGAACCGGAGCUUUCAUUCCAGAUCCAGUCAGUGGAGGAGACGCUGGUAGAGGUCAGGGAUCAGCUGUCCCGCUCCGGGGUGGUGAACUCUGAUCUGGCCGUGCCCCUGUUUGACUUCCUGCUCCGUGUGGCCCUGGCCGAGGUCUGCUCCAGCCCCGAACCACAGGAGGACAAGGCUGAGAGGAAGUUAGCAGUGUGUGUGGAGAGUGUGGUCCCGGCGGGGGAUCUAUCUGAGGCUGAGGAGGGAGACGAGGUGCAGGGUUGUGGUGAGGCUCCAGCGCUAGGGGAGGAGGAGGGAUACGAGGCAGACAGCGAGAGCAACCCAGAGGACAUGGCCAAGCAGGAAGAAGGUGUGAAGGUGGAUUCUGCAGGAGCAGUGGGGGCGUGUCUGGCUGCAGCGGAGUCCCCCGGCAGAGGGGGCCGUGGCGUUCUCCUUUUCCCAGAGAUCUGCCUGAUGGAGCUUCAGCUGCUGGCGGCAGGGUCACCUGAUCUGGAGGUGUUGGGUCACGUGUUUCACAGCCUGCUGGGGGUCGUGAGAGCCAACCCUCGCAACGCUGCACUGCUGUACCACCAG